GUGGGAUGUGGCGCUUUCGCUUGCCUGGAAAACUCCACAUGUGACACCGGGGGCAUGUACGACAUCUGUAAAUCCUUUCUGUACAGUGCUGCUAAAUUUGACACUCAGGGGAAAGCCUUUGUCAAGGAGAGCUUGAAGUGCAUUGCAAAUGGUAUCACGUCCAAGGUGUUCCUUGCCAUCCGAAGAUGCUCAACGUUUCAGCGCAUGAUUUCAGAAGUGCAGGAAGAAUGUUACAGCAAGUUGGACAUCUGCAGUGUUGCCAGGAGGAACCCAGAGGCUGUGACAGAAGUAGUCCAGCUUCCAAACUACUUCUCAAACAGGUAUUACAACAAACUUGUGCGAAGCCUAUUGGAAUGUGACGAAGAGACGGUGGGGACCAUAAAGGACAGCCUGAUGGCCAAAAUUGGACCAAACAUGGCCAGCCUUUUCCAUCUACUGCAGACGGAUCACUGUGCCCAGAUCCACCCGAGAGCAGACUUCAGCCGGAGGCGUAUCACUGAGCCCCAGAAGUUAAAAAUCUAUUUCAGGAAUCUCCGGGGGGAAGGGCCUGCUCAGUCCCAUAUGAAACGUACUUCUUCAGAAAGUGUGUAAUGUUCAUGAGAGAGUGAAAGAGUAGGGAAUCCAAGCUCUACCAAAGUAGGAAAUUAAUUCCUUUAUUGUUUUGUUUUUUCUUUAGCAUUCACUACAUGUCAAAAACGUACUGUAACUGAUUUUGAAGAACACUGUGCCAGUCUAUACAUUCAGCAAGAACACUUACCUGUGGCAUAGUCCUGUUGGCACUACUACAACACACAGUUAGGGCAGUUGCAUAUUUAGAGGAUUGGGCUGGCAAAAACCACCUCUUGAGUAUCCCUUGCCUAAGAAAACCCUAUGAAAUUCAGGAUCGUAAGUCAACAGGUGACCUGCAUCUACCUAAACAUUUCUUUUAAACCUGCCCAGCUCA